AACCACUGAAUGUUGGCCAUUCAACCCAUCAUACCAUAAGUCAUCAUAAGCUGCAAAUACACAAAUAAUGAAGGAAACUGCACUGCUGGUCCUACUCUUGUGCUCUCACUCAGGGGCAGAGAGUAGUGGGGAUGGCACGUCUUCACAGGGUAACUCUGGAAUGGGAACUGUGUUGGGAACUAUCCUAAGCCAACUGAUGACUAUGGCUGAAAAGCAAGGUGCUAUGGAGGUGAGUCUUAACAACUGCAAGAAAGAGGUGGAGAAGCUGGGGGCCAAGGUGCAGCACACAGAACUUAAAAUCCAGGAGGCAGACGCCAAGAUAUUGGAAGGAGGGAGUCAAAUAGCAGACCUGAAGCACCGUCUUAAAGGGACAACGGUAGCCUUCUCAGCAGCCUUGACAGGGGGGCAGUGUGGACCCUUCAACACAGAGACUACUCUGGUGUACAGAACUGUUAUCACCAAUAUAGGCAGUGCUUACAACCCGGCAACAGGUAUUUUCACAGCACCACUGAAGGGGAUUUAUAUGUUUAUGUUUUUUGAUAUCGUAUUUGCUGCCCAUGGAUCCACUAUGCAUCUCUUUAAGAACCAACAGAAGAUAGUGUCAACUGUUGAAUGGAAAUCUGAUCAUGACGGAAUUGAUGGUGGAUCAAAUGGAGUGAUUUUGCAGCUGGAUCAACGGGACCAGGUCUAUGUACGUCUGAUGGCUAAUACAUGGGUUUAUGAUGAUUCCAACCACUACACUACAUUUAAUGGUGCUUUGUUGUCAUAUGAAUGAAGAUUGUUGAAUGAAGUGUCCAGAAUGGCCCACUGAUCAGUACACUAGGACCACUUUCACAAAGGUAAACUGAUUCAGAAUAUUUUGUUUACCUUGCUGAAUUUUGAGUUUUUGGUAAUAAGCAUAAUAACAUGCCUCCAUACACAAAUGGAUGAAUAGGGUAAAGCAGUUUAUUAAUAGAUAUCACCAUGGAACUUGAUUACUGUAAAAUAAUAUUUUUAAAGUAAAAAGUAAAAGUUU